AUGAAUACUCCGACUUCGUCAUCACGUGCCAGUGGCAGCAAUGCAGCUCCACAGCUUCCAACGACUCCAUCCCGGAAUUCCGGUGGCUCCAGACAUUCACGUGGCAAUGGAGGACAACGAACACCGCCGCAAGGACAACAGCUGACAAUGCCACGUCAGCAGCAACAGCAACGAAAGGCUCUCUCCGCGAGCCCACAAUCGGUUGUCUCGUUCGCAUCGUCAUCGAUCUGCUCAUCGCCAUCGGCUAGAAAUGUUCCGUUGCCGCCGUUGGAAUGGCUUAAUAAGUUGUCUGUUCCAUCGGACGCCACUCUCUCCCGCCCAUCGUCCGCCAUCUCAAUGUCAUCAUCGACGUCUUCUGAAUCGCCAUCGCCAGUUCUCCAAAACUAUGCUGAGCAAUCAGAAAAGGCGCUUCGAGAUGCCGGCCUCCGCGUCUGUCCACUUCAACUCAUCGCCGCCGUCGCGUCCGCGUAG